CAACGCGAUGACGUCACGCGCAGAUUACGGAAGUUAUUUGAAUUUACGUUAAGUAAAAAUCACAGACAAAUACUGUCCGAGCAUUUAAAGAAUGGGUGUAAAAGGUCUUCAGUAUUUUAUGGACCGCUGCUGUCCGGACGUUUGUGUGAUCGUGAACUUGAGAGAGAUGGCCAGACAGCAUAUUGCCAACAACCAGAAAGGCUGCUCAGCCACAGAUCCCACACUUGUUGUGGAUGGUAUGGCCUGCCUGUUCUACUGGUAUUCAUGUAAGGACUGGGUGUGCGGGGGCCAGUGGAAGGAAUAUGUUGAUGUUCUGAAGAGUUGGGUGGAAGCAUUUACCUCUGCAGGAAUCAGACUUAUCUUUUUCUUUGAUGGAGUCGUGGAAGAUCAGAAGAGACAAGAGUGGAUAAAGAGAAGACGCAGAGUAAAUGGGGAGAUUUCAAAAGUAUUUAACCACAUCAAGCUACAUGGAGAGCAGCCUGGUAAAGAGCUUGUUUGUCUGCCUUCUGCUCUGGCAACAUUCACACCCUUAGCUCUCAGGUCUUUAGGUCAGGAAGUGUUUUGCUCAGUGCGGGAGGCGGACUAUGAGAUUGCCAGCUAUGCUCGUCAGCAUGGAUGUAUGGGCAUUCUGGGACAGGACUCAGAUUUCAUCAUAUAUGACAGUGCCCCAUACUUGUCUGUGGCAAAGCUGCGACUAAACAGCCUCACCACCGUCAUGUAUGACCGGCAGAGGCUAUGCAGAACCAUUGGAGUGGCUGUUACCCAGCUACCACUGCUGGCAUGUCUCCUAGGUAAUGAUGUGGUGUCAGAGGAGCAGAUGCAGCACAUCAGGAGCGGUGCCAUGGCAACAUACAGGAGAAACAACCCACCACCACGUUCUGGGGCUCAUCAGGGCCAGAUGGUGCAAGCAGUAGCUCAGCUUGUGAGCUCUUUCCAUAGCAGAGAGGAAGAGGAAAAUGAACUUGUCCCAGAAUAUCUGAAUGUGUCAGCCUCUCAGAGGGAGCUACUGAAAAAGGGGAUUUACUCCUAUUUACUACCUGAAGACAAAGGCUUUGAGUUGUUCGACAUUUCUUCACUCCCAUUUGCUUUUGAGAAAUAUGUUAGUCCAGAAAUUUUAAAGGCAUGUAGAGAGAAGCAUGUAGCAGCAGAGGGUUUCAUGGUUUACAGUGUUGUGUGUGUUGGAGUCACUGAAUGUAGCAACUCUAUGGAGGAUGAGGUGGACACGGAGUUGCUGCCUCAGGCCCUCGUCUACAAGUGCUGUAGACAACGCAUCUAUGGUCUGUUGCUGCUGCUUGGGCAAAAUGACACCAAUGUGGAUCUCCCAGCAAUCAAAGAGUGGUUUGUCUUCCCUGGAAACUCUUUGAAAGAACCUGACAUGGUCUAUCCUGUCCCGGUCAAUCUCCCAUGUCCUCAACCCAGUCUGGACUUAUUAUGGUUUAGCACUGGUCCAGAAGUUUCUGCUCUUCGCCUGACAGCCUUCCUUUCAAUCUUUGACUGCCUUGAGUACUCUGAGUUGUAUGGGGAAAUUGAAGACUCUCUCCUGGCUGCUCUCUGCCUGGUCACGUACAUAGUCCUCCAGGUACAGAGUUUGUCUCAAGAGGAUGUGGAUGCUUACCUGAGUCAGGCUGUGUGUCUGAGACUGAAAUCCUCACAGGAGCUUCAGCAAAUCGAGCUGCCUCUGCUUUCUAGUCGGGCCGUACAGCUUGGAUGUCUGUAUGUCCGAGGACUGAGCCACCUGCUAGGUGCUAACAUCGCCAGCGGCUGCCCGUUGACCUUUUCGGCCCUGAUGCCGUGGCACAGCUUUGAUGGACGGUUUUUCCACUCAAAGUACCUGCUGGCACACAGGGGUGUGGAGAAAACUGAGCUGCUGGACAGUAAUCCCUCCUGCCUGUCUCACUUUCUUCAACUGAAGGACAAACUUGUAGAAACCUGCUCAAAAAGAGGCAGAGUCCUGCAGUCCAGACCUCAGACCCCACUGCCUAAAACCACCCCUGAAGUUAGAUACAGAGACGCACACUCAGGUUUGCCUCCAAAUGUCUGCGACGGCUGGAGAGGAAGAGGAGAGACAACAGGAGGACAUCGACGUGGACAGGAAUGGAGGGACAGAAGUGAAUAUGAAAAUAGAGACAGACCAUGGGGUAGAGGAGGACACAGAACAGGAGGUCAACAUUUUAAUUCAUUUCAUCCUAAUGAUGGACGACCCAGUAACAUGAGCCAACCUCCAAAACAGUCCAGGAGUCGGUCAUACCACAACAGAGAGAGAUACCAACUUGCUCCGAGAUGGCUGCAGCCUCCUGCUCCUUGAACAUAACUCGACCAUGUAGAUGAAGGAGAGAAGACGAGGGUUAGAGUGGAGGACUUAGGGAAUUGAGAGGAUAGGAAUAACAUGAUGAGAGGACAAAAGGAAUCAAAUUUACCUGUUUGCCCAAAGGAUGCAGUAAGAAGAGAAAUGAGGAUUAUGAGGUGGCAGAGUGAUGAGGGUAGUUUUAUGCUCCCCCAGUUAAACCUGAAAGUGUCAGUCUUUUAAUCUGAAAAUGAAUCCUGUGGGGAUGCUUGUGAAGCCAACAGCUUCUACUUGUUGUCACGGUAAGUUUACUUUUUACUGUGACAGAAAAUGAGCAAUAUAAAGAAGUCCACAAACAAACUCACAGUAAACCAGAUCAGUGGUUAAUUAUCUUUGACAGUGGGAAGGAAAAAGUCUCAACACUUUGUGUAUCCUGUGGCAUAAUUCUGGUUUUAACUACAGAAACUGAUGCUGGUAUUGCAUUUCAAAGGAAAGGAUUAACUUCUACGGUCAGAUGUCUUCUGUGUGUAAAACAAAGUGAGGCCACCACAGUUGAUGUUUUGUAAAAGAUAUACAGUGUUUCUACUAGUUGUUUCCAAUGAAUGCUGUUGGAGAGAAAUAUUAUAUUUAGAUAUAUUUUUCUUUCGCUUUUGCUCUGAAAUUAAAUCACCCACCACACUAAUCCCAUCAACAUAUAAAAUAUCCUCUGUGCAAGUGGUUCCCAACCUAUUUUCCCCAAGGACUCCCGUCAUGCAACUACCAAAAAGCUGUGAACCCCGUGUGUUGAAACCAUUGUUGGUUUUAUGCUUUCAUUAACUAGCUUCUCACCAUAAACAGUGCAUUCUGGCUGACGCUUUCCUUUGAUAAUAACUGAUAAGUCAUUGAUAAAUAAAGUGUUGAAUUAAAUCAAAUUGAAUAAAACCAAAGUUUAAUGAAAUGUUUAUCCUAAAUUUAUUGGGAGAUCUGUGGCUAAGACUUCAUUCAUGUAAACAUUGAACCAUUGUCUGAACCACAUUCCAACAUUUGAUCCCAAAAACAUACCUGAAACGUCACUGCACUGUGAUGAAGCUGUCUUGUUAGCGCCUGAAGUAUUUUCACAGACAGCAAGGAUGCCAUUGUCAAUAACGUGUGUGUGUGUGGUUUAUGGGUUGAUGAGGAAUGUACAGCUUGUAUAGUCAGGCUGACAGUCUUCCUGCAGUAACGUCAACGUUGUAAAGCCCACUACAGAGGAACAGGAUGCAGAGAAAGUUCCACAGCCUGAGUGCUUUCAUUCCUGUGUGUGUUCAUGUGUGUGCACAUGCUAGUAAGAAAAGUAUAAGAAAUAUAAGUGUCUUGCUCAACAAAUCUAAACAAUUAGAGGGAGAUGAAACUUUGGUACAGUGACGCUGAAAAGAUAAAGAAA